AUGGCCUUCCUGAAGAAUGCGAUUCCUCUUGCUCGCCGAGCCCUGUCGUCCGCAGCAGGCUCGGCACAGCCUCGGAAGGUGGCGGUUCUGGGCGCUGGCGGCGGCAUUGGGCAGCCUCUGAGUCUUCUGAUGAAGUCGAGCCCGCUUGUAACGGAUCUGUCGCUGUACGAUGUGGCGGGUACUCUCGGAGUUGCUGCUGACAUCAGCCACAUCUGCUCCAACGCCAAGGCGAAGGGCUAUCUCGGCUCGGACGAGCUUGCCGGAGCUCUGGAGGGCAGCGAUCUGGUGCUGAUCCCCGCUGGCGUGCCACGUAAGCCCGGCAUGACCCGGCAAGAUCUGUUCAACAUCAACGCGGGCAUCGUGAAGGGCCUGUGUGAAGCCAUCUCCAAGCACUGCCCCACGGCGGCGGUGGGCAUGAUCAGUAACCCUGUGAACUCUACCGUGCCCAUCGCGGCGGAGGUGUUCGCCAAGGCGGGCACGUACGACCCCAAGAAGCUCUUCGGCAUCACCACGCUCGACAUCGUGCGCGCGCGCACCUUCUACGCCGAGGCCAAGGGGCUCAACGCGGAAGACGUGAGGGUACCGGUGGUGGGCGGCCACGCGGGCGCCACCAUCAUUCCGCUCUUCUCCCAGGCGACGCCCUUCGUGGAGCUGUCGGAUGAGGAGAGGGAUCAGCUCACCAAGCGCACGCAGGAUGGCGGUACCGAGGUGGUGCAGGCCAAGGCGGGCAAGGGCUCCGCCACGCUCUCCAUGGCCUAUGCCGCGGCUGUGUUUGCUGACUCGUUGCUCAAGGCCAUGAACGGUGCCCCCAACGUUGUGGAGUGCACAUAUGUCGAGUCGAAGCUCACAGAGGCGCGCUUCUUUGCCUCCAAGGUGCGUCUGGGCCCCAGUGGCGCAGAGGAGAUCCUUCCCCUGGGCGACCUUAUCCCCUAUGAGGAGAAGGCCAUUCAUCGCGCCCUGCCUGAGCUCCAGGAGUCCAUCCAGGCUGGUGUGGACUUCGUUAAGAACGUCUAA